CCAGUUCACCUUGACGCGGCCCCAGCAAAGGGUCGACGACGAUUUCAUUACACUGUAAACGUGAAUAGAUUUUUAAUGAAUUGUAUCUAUGUUAAUUGAUGCCAACUACAGUAAUUCAGUGAAAAUUUGUGAGUCGAUACGGCAGGUGUGUGAUGCGAGUAGUGAUCCAGAUAGACUACAAUCCGAAACGUUUAUAUUUGGGAAUAAAAUAUUUUGUGAAUAUGUUUCCAUUUUUUCACGAGCUUCAAUUUUUGACUCGACAGACUGGCGUAACUACUGAGAGUUUAAACACAGCAACUUAUUGAAAGUCUACUCGCAGAUGUCCCUCAAAUACCCUGUCUUGAAUAAAACAAGUGCUGCGGUCCUUGUGCCCGCGACAGCGUGAAAUCAGUGCUAGAAAACACUAAAAAAUGAACCGCAACCUUUUCACGAGUGGGACACUCCUAAUAGUGGCGUCUUUAGUGUCGUUCACAACCUCCUGUGACCUAGAACAAUUCUUCAACGGCCGACAAGUGAGUAUCGAACGGAGCGUCGCCUCGUCCGAGAUAGUUUUCCGCGGCGUUACGGUCGCCCAAACGAAUGCCGUCGGGACGCCGAGCGACGUCUUCGUGGCCUACUUCGACUUAGUGAACACUUACAAAGGAGACAUGACUCUCAGCAGCUGGUCGCCAGCCAAUGAUUACAGCUGGGUGAACGUGACCUUCCUAACGAGACCGAGUCCAGAGUGUGUUGGAGGCAGCGAGAUCCCUAGGGAAUACAUCAUUUUCUGCGACCUGGUGAACGGGGAAAUCAGAGCGACGUCUGUGGCGAGAUGGGAUGAUACCACGGACCAGAGGGUAUGGAGCGCUUUAGGAUGGCAAAACUGGAGUGAAUGGUCUUCAUGCAGCGUUUCUUGUUCUUUAGGUAUCCAGCAGAGAGUACGUCACUGCCGUGUGAGCAAGUGCCCAGGUUUCAAUGUGGAACAACGUCACUGCAACUUAUUUGGUUGCGACGAAACCGUCAACCCUCUCGCCCUGCAGGAGAGGAAAUUCUUCCACCCAUCCAAGGACAGAUGGCAAUCGGUGCCCGAUCGGCCGUCGGCGUGGCGUCUGAGGCCUAAUUCCUACAUUUGGGUGCCGUCAGCGCAACUAUUUCGCCAGGAGAAAAACAGGCCUUUCCCGAGGGAGUUCGCCCUCUUUCUAACCAUGAGGCUUCAUAAUGUAAGCAUUUUUGAAUAUUGUAUUUGUUAG